AUGAGAAAACUACUUGGUUUGAAAGUGACUUCUUUUCACAGAAGACGAAAGCACCAUUGUGCAGUCAGAGGGAUGGAGGACAGGAGGCACCUGCCACCAGAUGGAGGUGGCAAUGCCAAACGUUCUGCCUCAGCCAAUUGUGACACAGAGGAUAGAGCGGUCAGGAAGGAGCAGGGUGACCCUGAGACCUCCACACAAAUGUGUGUGAGAAAAGACGAUCUCUCCGAUGUUCCUCGCAAGGUGCCUCGUUUCCAGUAUGUGGAUUUCCCUUCCCUGCACCAGUGCAUCCAACAGCUUUCUGUGCCUCCACUGAACGGCUGGCUGGGAUCCUGCUCGUUGGCAAAGGCACCAAAGUACAGGCCUGCCAGUCCUAAGGAAAAGGUGCCCAAGUUUAAAUACGUGGACUACCCAUCUCUCCACCACUGCAUUCAGCAGCUGUCUGUGCCUCCAUUGGAAAACUGGAGUGCAGGGCUGGUCAGGUUUAAUGUAGACGGGAAACAGGACGGCUCUGGGUCACAGAAGAGGCCCACUCAACCUGGGACUGUGAAGAAUAACAUAAGUAAUGAGGCAGGAGAUCAAAACAAGGAGGACAGGAGUAGAGUUAUAUCAUUUUCUUUCCCAAGAGACACACACAACUCAGUCUCAGGCAAGGAGGAGAGGCCUCAACACGACUACACCUCAGAGGUGCCACAGAGGUUAGAGAAAGAUAACGCACCUCUAAGGUCCCGUGCUACUAAACCAGAUGCUGCUUUUCAAUCAGAUUGCAGAUCAAGAGCAGAAUCUGGUUCUGGAUCUCGUAGCGAUGCAGCAGUGGUGAGAAACGACAGACCGUCGGUUAUUAACAUGGUACACACGGAUAAGCAGAGGCACUGGACAAUGGCAGAUCACCUGGAAGAACAACUGAACUCUCCAGAUUCAGUCGGAAGGGUACCAUGGAAAACCAUCCCGGAGUCAGUCUGCCCAUUCUGCCAACAGAUGUUCACAAACCCCGAGCAGUUCAGGGCUCAUCAGCGGAGCCAUAGAGAUAAGAGACCAAACUGACAUGCAGAAGUACUGAGUGAGAACUGCUUUUGGCAAACAGUCAAUGCCACACCAUAUGGAAUCGUAUCAUCAGAGGCCUUCUUGUGUUGUGACUGGCUAUAGUGGCAUUGCUGGCAGGACUAUAGGGAGAUCGAAGACACAUUAAGCACAUUAGACAGUUUGGGUUCAGACCUUAGGGAGAAUGCAAGACUUUGUCUUGACUGAUGUUGUGAAGUCUAAAAAGGCAGAACUGGACAGACAGAAACACACAAGCAUACAAUAUGCAUGUACUUGCGAGAGUGCCAGCACACACACACACACACACACACACACACACACAGAGUAUCCUAUUCAUGAUUCAGAAGAGGUCAAUAUUUACUGCCCCACAUAAGGACCAUCAGACAUCACACACACACACACACAGACACACAGAGUAUCCUAUUCAUGAUUCAGAAGAGGUCAAUAUUUACUGCCCCACAUAAGGACCAUCAGACAUAAUGAGUUUUCGGCUCAAGACGGGAUUAGAACCAGAUUUAUAGUCUCUUCCACACAUAUACCAGCGUGUUUACAGGGGUGGGUGAAGCUCGAUGGACUGGUGCGUAAGAAGAUGAAUUUUAUUACAUAUGUGUUCCCCACACUGUGUGCAUGGUGGCAGGUUAAAUAUUUAGCUUUGGGUGCCUACCAAAUAAUGGCUAUUGUUAAUGCUGCACAAACAAACAGGCUUGAUAAUAAUGAUUUGUUACAUUAGCUUUUUAUCAUUUUGUACUUUUUAUGUUUUUGGAAAUUAAUGUCUAGUGGCUUCAAGCUAGUAGAUUUAAAUCUUCAAAAUGUACCGCUUGUUUUCAAGUGUUUAAUUGUGUAAGUAAAGAUUUUUUCAUACAGAAACAAAUGUUCGACUUUUCAGUACAGGAAUGCCCUCUGCAAAAAAAAAAACCUGUUUGACAGGUUAGCUCUCAGUUUCAUAGAUGAAGUAUUUAAGCUUUAUAUAAACAAAGGAGCUAAUCCAAAAUAAACAACUACAGUGAC